AUGUUUGAAAUCGCGCUCUUUCAGACCUCGACCGAGUACGAGACGCCGAUGUUACGGCCCGAUCCCCAUGUUCCAAACGAUGUCCGCUUCGACACUCAACCAUUUCCUCUGCGCUUCCCUUCGGUAACGCGCGUGCCUUGUGGUGAAGAUCAUCGUCCACGGUCACAGAGUGCGGACACUCGUCGUGAUUUAUUUCAUCAAGAGCGGAUCUUUCCAGAAGAUAAAGAACAUGACCGCGUACAUUCAUAUUCUGUUCAGUCUGUUCCUUCGGACCACAGUCUCUGUGCUAGUGACGCGUGCAUUCGCGAUGACGGUGCUUUACGCCGGGGCGACACGAACGUCAUUUACGAUGAGGCAGAGGUGGUGACACUACGCCGAUCCGUGAACAGCGUGCAGUUUCCGUCGACGUACAGGGAGCGAGCCGACGAGCAACACACGCCGCAGUUUAAUAGCUCCGCCCACAAUUUCACACAGCACCUGCGGGAGCGCUCUCCAUCGAGUAGCUCAGCCUUACUGAAUCUUCUAUCGCGCUAUCCUUCAGCGCGGCAAUCCGUGUACCCGUCCAUUCCGACCGCAUCAACGGCAACAGGUCCGCCACGGAUCUAUCGCUUUGACGACCGACCUGUUGACACUCAUUCGUACCGUACUACGGAUGCUGUUCCCGGGUAUUUACUUGUUGAACUCUCCGUGCCGAAGCAAGAGCAACCUUCGUUCCACACUGGUCAGUCUUUUCAGCGCUCUCAGUCGUCUUCUCUAAGCAGCCAAGUACACCUGCCUCGAAGCUCUUCAGUGAGCGCCUCUGUUUACAACAGCCUUAGCUAUUCGCCAACGCUUGCGCCGUUGACCAGCGACACUGAUUACUUAGAUUCGCAGAGGUUCACAAACGGCUACGCGACGAUACGUAGCCCGGGGACUUCGAAAGAGUUCGACAAUCGAUCUGAACAUAAAUUUUACACUGAUCUUUCGAACAACAACCACACACUCAGUGCUCGUAAUAAACGCUGGGAAGAGCUGCUAGACGUGACGCAGCUUGAUUCGCUACUCGCCUCUGUGCUUGAGGAAAACAUGAAUCGGUCGACAACAGAGUGGAGCAAUUCGUUUGCACAAGUACAGAACAGAUUCAAGAAUAUGCCCCCGGAAUCCAGUAGCAGUGGUGUUCUCCACGGGUUCACAAGUUCCGGAGCGCCAACGCUCCCUCGACGCACAAUGUUGGUCUCUAGAUCCGGUAGUAAUAUCGAUCUGAAAAGAUCUGAAUCGGUGCUCGGAACAGCUGUGGAACAUCGUGCAACUGAGGCCCCUGAAAUGCGUAAAUCCGGUGCAAUUGACAGUUUCUGGAGCCAUACGGUGAAUAGUCGGCCGUCAUCCCCAUUGACUCAAAGAAUUGCAGGUAAUCUGACGGCUGCAGAACGAUUGCAAAUGUUGCACGAAGAUUCGAUCUCAACUAUAGGUGCAACAAACAAGCCGGGUACGGGGGUGCAACUAGCAGCAAGACGGGAGCAUUAUCUGCAGGAAGCUUCAUCGACCUCUGCUUACACGUCACAUCGGGAGACUGCUAUACGACCGGGAACACCAGCGCUGCGGGCUCCCUCCCCCAAUUUCUCUGAUCUGGAUAGUGCCGUGCAGGAGCUGCAGUUUGGUGUACGUUCUACUGGCUAUUCUAAUAGUGCCCGAAAACUCGGAGGUUGUGCACGUUUUCCAACUGAAGACCAGGCACUGAGUCCACCUCACGGAGGUACAAUAUCAAGACACAUGAAUUCGCCUAGCCCAACGGACUCAAAUAGUGAGACGUCUUCUAUCUAUCAGACUCCAACGGGUCUUCCACAUCCAAAACCGAAACACAACAUAAAGGAGCAGCUGUCAAACGCUGGCGUAACCUCCUACACAUUCUCUCGAACAGGGCAUCGCAUUAGUUCUAGUUUUCCUGUACCAAGUACUGGCAGCGUUGCUUCACGAAUCACGGAAUUCGAAAAACGCCCUGGAACCCCGACACUGCAAAUUGCCAGUGCGCCGCGUCAGGAAAAAAAUGCGUUGCCGAGCGGGCCAAUGAGCCCUAAAUCGACCGUGUACAAGAGUAAACCGGUGAUUCACAUCGAGACUGGAUCGAGAAGCCCGCGCAAUCUGAAUAGCACCACUUCAGUCUUCGACUUUCCUCCAGCAAAAGAGACGAAGGGAGACUACGCCAAAACUGCUGUAGAAAAGAAAGUUGCUGUGCAUUUACUGACUUAUUAUCUAAUGCAGACGCUAUUCGUUGCCAUCACGCCAAACAUCCCCUUUAGUAACCAAGGUGGUAAACUGCGAAAGCGCAAGACAGGAUCGGGCGAGGCAAAGUCACUGGCGGAGCAAUCAAAACUACUUCACAUUGCCGAAACAUUCGUCCGAUAUCUUAACGAAUUGUCUUCUCAAUUUAUCGUGUUUAUUGGAUCUCUUAUUAACGCUCAUGUCCUACUGUCCAUUUUGUUCCUUGUCGCUAGUGUGCUUAAGUGUCGUCGAAAGUCUGAGUGUUUGACCGGUUUUCUUCUCACAGACAACUCCAACGGGUCAACCACAGGACUUUCGGGAUAUUCUGAAAGUAUUAUCAGUAGUCCUUUGGCGAUGAAGGACAUGGCAGUACCUCCGGAUGCUGUUCAUUGCGAGUGUUCGCUACUAGUGGCACGAGCGCCGCGUCUAAAGAUGGAAGUAGCGACGCGACGACUGCGGACGGCUGCAACACCAGAUAGGCCGCGCCCGCGAUCGUUGUCGCGAUUUUUUGAGACGAUCGUGCGCAAAAUGUUUGACUCGCAACGAAAGCCUAAAGAUUUUUCUCCGCAAAAAUUGCCAGAUGUGAGCGAAACGCCGCAAAAUCAGAAGUUAAGUCGGCACUCCAGUGAUCUCUCCAUAAACGAACCAUCUAAGAAUGCGUCACCAAGAAUCAAUGGACAUUCGAGACCGAACAAAUUGAUUCAUAGUGAUAGCAGACCCGAUGUUGACUCUUCUUCCGGAACUUCUGAUGGUUCGCUUAAUGCUACGCAUGGUGCGAAGAAUCUUGAAGAAAGCGUCUCACUCUUGAUUGACAAGAGCAUCGAUGUUCAUGGGCGAAGUGGAGCUUUUCCACAACUCAAGAGCGCACCUAUCAGUUGUCCCAAGUUUCACUAUCCCCAAGGUAUUCCUGUGUCAACGAUUGAGAAUGAUGCCGCUCUUCGUCGCGUUUGCCGAGUUUUUAGAGAGUUUCCAGACGAACAGUGCUCGUUGGCUGAUAUGCCUCGCGUAUGCGAAGCAGCUAACUUACCUCUGUAUUGGAAGCACCCAAUAUUUGUGUCACUUACGAAAGGAGAGCCCCGUCGUGCUUCUCUCACAGACUUCACUGCAUGGUGGCGUGCAAUGACGAGUAUUGCUCAUGAUGAAGCUGCAAGGUUCGUUUAUACACUCAGUGGUGGAAAUAAAAGUUUUCUAACUCGGGAGGAUUUAUAUGGUAUGGUAAUGGACAUAAUGCACACUCACCCAGGCCUGGAGUUUUGUCGCGAAGCUGUAGACUUUCAUGACAAGUACUGCGAUGUGGUCAUCGCUAGGAUAACCUGGAAUUUGGGAUGCGUAUGGAAAGGAAAAAUCACAGCUGACUGUCUUCGUAAAUCAGAUUUCCUAAAAAGUGUUCGACAACUCCAGGAAGAUAGUGAGAUUAACCGAUGCGUUCGGUAUUUCAGUUACGAACACUUCUAUGUUAUUUACUGCAAAUUCUGGGAAAUUGACAAUAACCACGACCAAAUAGUCAGUAAGGCUGACAUGAAACUACACAAAGAUGGUGCUAUCACGGAUCUCGUUCUUAAUCGCAUCUUUUUCUCUUGUGCAGUAAGACUCACGAAGAAGGACACAAUGAAUCUAAUAGGGUUUACAAAUUUCCUCCUUGCCGAAGAGGAUAAAAACCAUCCGACGAGCAUUGAGUACUGGUUCCGGGUCCUCGAUGAAGAUGGCGAUGGCUUCAUUUCAAUGUAUGAAAUGGAGAAAUUUCAUCAGGCGGUCAUUGACAAACUGAGCGAGGAGAGGAUUGACACAAUGUCGUUCAAGGAUGUGGCCUGCCAGAUGUUCGACAUGAUUUGUCCCGCAAACGGGACUGCUUUUCGGCUGAUGGAUCUUAAAAAAUCUCCGCUGAGUAUUCGCCUGCUAAAUGCACUGAUAAACUGGCGGAAAUUUUACGCUCAGGAAGUGACUGAAGGGACGGAGAGAGUUCUUGAUGAGAAUGGUCGGGAAUUAUCAGAUUGGGAACGCUUCUGUUCAGAAGAGUAUGAGACUAUGAUGGAAAAUGAGGAAGAAGUUGAUGAAAACUUUUUUGUAAGCCUCGAUGAUGAUAAUAAUGCUGAUCAAAGUUUCUGA